AUGAGGCGAUUAGGAGACAUGUACGGCUACAAGAAGAUAUACCUUAUCGGAUGGCUCUGGUUUAGUAUCUGGUCUAUCAUCACAGGUUUCUCAUACACCUCCAACCACAUCAUGUUUAGCGCUUGCCGCGCACUUCAAGGCAUUGGGCCAGCUCUUCUUAUCCCAAAUGCUGUGGCCCUGAUCGGACGGACACUUCCAGUCGGCAAGCAGCGAAUGAUAGGCUUUGCAUGCUUCGGUGCAUGCGGACCUCUAGGUGCAACUGCUGGUGCCGUUUUCUCUGCUUUGAUCGCCGAACUGGCUUGGUGGCCGUGGAUGUUUUGGGUGCUCGGGAUAGUAUGCCUCAUCGUAAUGGGACUCGCCUACAUUAUCCUGCCCGAUGAAAAUCAAGAACAGGUUUCUGGACCCGUCAGCGCUAAGCCGCCAAAGUUCGAUUAUUGGGGGACCAUAACAGGAGUGUCAGGCCUCAUCCUUAUCAACACUGCUCUCAAUCAGGCGCCUAUUGUGCUCUGGCCAACUCCAUACGUUGGCACUCUUCUCGGGUUCGGCUGUCUUCUGCUAGUCGUCUUCGUUUUCGUAGAACUUCACGCCACGGACGACCCUCUCAUACCUAUCCGCGGCCUGGGCAAGGAUGCCAUCUUCGCUCUAACAUGCAUCGUAACCGGAUGGGCUUCCCACGGCAUCUGGGCGUACUACUUGUACCUCUUCCUUGAGGGUCUUCGAGGACAAUCCGCCCUGCUGACCUCGGCUCAGACCUCGCCCGUCGCUAUCACCGGCGUGCUCUUCGCCUUCUCGACGGUCUGGCUGAUACAUCGCUUCGGAGUCAGCUAUGUCAUGUUCAUCGCCAUGACAUGCUUCAUGGUUGGCGCGCUCCUCCUCGCCACGAUGCCCAUUCACCAGACAUAUUGGCUACAUGCCUUCUUCUCAAUCCUCAUCAUGCCGGGCGCCAUGAAUUUAUCCUACCCCGCAGCCAACAUGCUCAUGUCCUCAGCGCUGCCCAAAGAGAAGCAAGGCAUUGCAGCAAGCCUUGUCAGCACGAUGGUAAACUAUAGCAUUAGCUCGGGUUGGGUAUUGCCGGCACGAUCGACCGCUACGUGA